CCAAGAGGCUUCUGCAUUGAUUUACUAGUAAACAUAGAGGAGGCAUCAACAUCAGUAGCACAGGGGGCUCUAGAAAUGUUCCUUACAUGUUCAAUAUCAAAGUGGAUGCAAGAUGCCAAGAAUAGGUUUCUUCAACUCCUGACCCACGUGAUCCAGCAAAUAAUUAAUUCAGCACGUCCCUUAAGAAACACAGCGUCGUCAUUAAUUUGCCAAGCAAAGGACUCUAUCAGACUUGAAAACUGAAGAGAUCCCAAGAAUAUUAUAUACAAAGAGAACAGACUGUAUACUGUGCACUGUCUCUGUCAUAUAGCUGAGGAGAGGAGAUCUGUGCUGCUGGUGGCAGCCUAUGUGGGAUUGGCAGGAGUAAGAAGAAAACAGGACGCUAUCUGCAAAAAGUCAGAUACAAGACUUGAGCCUACAACGCCGAGACUAAGAAGAUUGGACAGAAGAGGUCAAUGCUCAUUGAUAAGGGUACAGAGUCCCUAUCACUGAGAGACAGCAGGAUGCAGAAGACAGCCUACUAUGAAAACUCUGGACUUUUUGGGGGUUACACCUAUGCCAAGCCCGAGUCAUACAGUUAUGGCUCCAGUCAUCAACCUUACUCCCAAUCUGCUCUAGAGAAUGAUUAUCCAGGUUCGGCAUGUUCCAUUCAACCAUCUGCUAUCAGGCCCCCAAACCAUAAAACUAGUGACAUUAGUGGCAGCUGCAUGAGGACAUCUUCUAACCAGAAUGCCAGCCAGACCACCAAUAUGAAUGACCAAACACACCAGGCUCCAUCUCUGCCUCCCUCCUCUCCCAGCCAGGGUAAUACCUCAACACAGAAAAAGAGCAAAUCCUCUGGCUCAUCUAAUUCCUCCCAAGGUACAAUGACCAAGCAAAUAUUCCCCUGGAUGAAGGAAUCACGACAAAAUGCCAAGCAGAAGAAUGCCAGCACUCCUCCAGGAGAAAACUGCGAGGAGAAGAGCCCGACUGGCCCCUCAUCCAAGAGAGUGCGCACAGCCUAUACCAGCGCGCAACUGGUGGAGCUGGAGAAGGAGUUCCACUUUAACCGGUACCUUUGUCGCCCACGUAGGGUGGAGAUGGCCAAUUUACUGAACCUGACCGAACGUCAGAUCAAAAUCUGGUUCCAGAACCGCAGGAUGAAAUACAAGAAGGACCAGAAAGCUAAAGGGAUCAUGCACUCUCCAGCAGGACAAUCUCCAGAUCGCAGCCCCCCACUCAGUGGCUCCAGCCAUAUAGGAUACUCAAGUCAAUUGCCCACUGUAAACAGCCUCAGCUAUGAUGCUCCAUCUCCAACAUCAUUUGCCAAAUCCCAGCAAAACAUGUAUGGCCUGGCAGCUUACACAGCGCCCCUAAGCAGCUGCCUACCCCAGCAGAAAAGGUACCCUGGUGCAGAGUAUGAGCACCACCCCAUGCAGAGCAACAGUGGCUUUGCCAAUCCCAAUUUGCAGGGCAGCCCUGUUUAUGUUGGAGGGAACUUUGUGGAUUCCAUGCCAGCUUCUGGUCCUAUGUUUAAUGUGGGUCAUCUCUCUCACCCAUCAUCUGCCAGUGUGGACUACAGCUGCGCUGCACAGAUUCCAGGCAACCAUCACCAUGGACCUUGUGACCCACAUCCCACAUAUACAGACCUAACUUCUCACCAUACGACUCAGGGAAGGAUGCCAGAAGCGCCCAAGCUAACACAUUUGUAACUACCACACGUGGGAUGAAGAGAGAGAAGAUAACUGUUGUUCUCCUUUUAAUUACCUCAAUUUUUCUGCAAGAGCAUUGUUAGGAUCCUUAUUGUGAGUGCCAACUGCUAUAAGGAAUGUCUUAUCAUGAAGCAGCUCUAUGUCCAUGAGAAGGAACCUUAUUAAGUAUUCUAGCAUGACAGUGCAAUAAACUGCAAAGCAAGGCACAAUAUAGACUAUUAAUGAUGUACUUGAAGGUAAGUCUAGAUUAGCAUUAGCCAGUGUCAUGCAAUUUUUUUUUGUACCAAAUUGUAAUGAAGGGGAAGUGGCUUGCAUAUGAGAUUUUUAUUUAUGAAUUAUUUAGUAAUGUUGGAAUUGCAUUCAGCUAUGUGACACCUAUUUAUUGUUAUUAUUUUAGACUUUUUUUGUACCAUGAAUUAUUUAUCCUUGUCUAAGUGUAUUUAUGUGACUAUGUGGAAUUUUUUACUCUAAAAACUUGGAAGAAUGAUUUUUAAGUUCAUUGUGGCUACAUGGUGAGAGAUUUGUCCCUAUGAUCAGUAGUGACCGUGGCUGGUGUGUCUAGUUUAUGUAAAGGGUUAACUCAAGGCAGCACAUAAAUGUAGUGAAUCACAAUGGGCAUCUGACAUUUGGAAGAGUUUUUUUUAUAUUAUUAUUAUUAUUAUUAUUUGUUUAGUUCCAUUCCAGCAGUAUUUAGAAUAAACUAUAUCUGGAUUGUAGUGUAUUUGUUUCAACAGAAAGGUCAACUAGAAAGUGGCAGAAUUAUGCCCGACACAAGCUGCAAUAUAGGACCAUGCUAUUUUUUUAUUUAUUAUUUUUUAUUUUAUUUUUUUUUUACUACCAAUGCACAUAAUACCAGCUCUAAUAUUUUCUGUCCUGUGAUUUUUUUUUUUCAUCCCCGAAUGUUGGAAUAACCUGUUCUCUGCUUGGUUCAUAGUUUUUUUUGUGGCUUUCAUUGUAAUUCUUUGUAUAUUAGAUGUACAUUUGAAAUUCAAGGCGUUAACAAUUUUAGAAAAAAAAAAGAAAAAAGAAAAAAUGAAACAAAAAAAACAAAAAUAAAAAAAAAUGACAAUCACCAUCAAGAAGAAAAAAAAGAAAAAAAAAGAAAAAAAAAUACGAUGAGAGCCCAAUGGUUUCCAGCGUCAAAGGGCUUUCACAAAAUGGCAAUUGGUUUACAGGGUAUGGCCCAUAGUAGGGUUAAUAAAUAAUAAUAAAUAUUAUUAUUAAUGAUAGAAAGGAUUUAUUUUAUUUAUGGACAUUGGCUGAUGUGGAGAUGAAUGAGGAGCCCGCAGUUAUUAUUAGGAUUCAUCAUUUUGUACUCAGAGUGAUCCUCUUCCUACGCAUUCCUGUUUGUUUGGAGAACACAACUCCUACUCCUGAGCUGUGACAAGAGAUCACAUUCCCUCUCCUAGGAAAGAUCUGACCCUUAAUGUUCUGCAAAUAAAGAAAACACAGACUUGAGCCCUCCAAAAACUGAGGGAAAUGAACCCACCAGAGCCAAGGAGUCCAAACUGCAGGGAGAGCACAGCAAUGAUCAGAACACUGUACAGUAUUGUCCCAAUAAAAUCCAUUUACAAUUCUGA